CUGCGUGAGCUUGCAUUAAUUGCUGUCACCUGAUGCGCCAUUAAGGUCCUAUUAAAUCGUUCGUAGGAGACAAUUCUGCGGUUUCUUUUCCUUUUGCUGUCUUUGAAGCAGCCCUGAGGAUAUUUCUGGUGAGAAAAGUAAAUGCGUUUUGAAAUAAUUAGCUGCACACGUGAUUCGUUAACGUAAACUUGUGUAGGCCUACAUUUCAGUUGUUUUUGUUUGGGUCAUCCAGUGUACUUUAACAACAUGAGCAAAACUGAAAAACCUCUUUCCACUCUUUGGGGUUGUGAACUCAAUGCAUUGAAUAAAGAAGAAUCAUUCAAGACAGAUGAUACGAACCACCAACACCAGUUGGCGUUACGAACGAUGUGUCUGGGUCACACCGCCAAAGAGGAGUUCAAUAUUAUCGAGUUGGUCACUGGCGAGGGCAGCAGUAGGACGAAAGCUGUUCCAAUAGCAACACUACUCAGAUCCAUGCCAACGGUCAAUCUGUCUGGUUUUGAUCUUCAUCCACCAGUGACUUUUCGACUGAAGCACGGCUCUGGGCCUGUGUAUGUCGGAGCGGAACAUGUGGCCUUGGAGGAGUAUUCUGAUGAAGAGUUGGAUGAGGAAGUAGAAGAAGAGGAAGAUAUUGAAGAAUCGCCAGUGAAGAAAGUCACUAAAAAUGGUGCUGGCAAGAGAAAGAAGCCAGAAAAGGCAGAAGAGGAGGAUACCUCAGAUGGGGAAAAUCCACCUAAAAAGGGUAAAGGAAGGGGACGAAAGGCUAAGGUGUGACCUUUGCAGCUUUGUCUUAUUACAGGUGUGGAUUGAGAAGUGCCGUGUUCCCAAAAGGGUUCUGUUAGACUUUGAGUUAAAAGCUCAACUUUUCCCCAUGGUCCCAAUGGAACUACACUGUAUGUCAAUAAAACUGUUUG